AUGGUUAAAAUUGAAGACACGGAGAUCAAGGUCGACAACGAGAAGGACGAUGGUGCACUUGUCAAGUCCAAGAAGCCAAAGUCAACUAGUGCGACCAAUGCCAAUUUACCGCCUGGCACUUUGAAGCUCUGGCAGCAGGUGUUCAUUCCGACCUUGGAGCGUUAUAUUGGUACUACACUGGAUCCCUGGUCGAUCAGCGAUGAGAAGGCUGUCGAAGUGUUGCAAUGCAUUUGGGAUGCAGUUUUUACUAAACCGAAGAUCGUGCACAAGGUUAUUCAUGAAAAUUUCGUCUGUAAACUUGCCAAUCAGAGGCUCUGUGAAUGGUGUAAUGGCUUUGGUUCUACUGCACUCACAGUCAUCAGAGAUUUGUUCAGCUCUGAUGAAGAUUUUGAGACGACUGGACAACGUGUGAGCUUUGCAAAGAUGAUUCUCCGUAAACAGCGAUUUGUGUGGAAGGAUGUUGAUGGUCCAGAUGAAUCGACUUUCAGAGGUCUCUUUCAUUCGCCCCUGGUCUUACAAACACUUGCCUACUAUUACAAGUCAACUGAAGGAGCGAUCAAUGUUCCUGCUCUGUACACUAUCGAGAUGGGAGGACGUACUAAGCCUUAUGGUGCAAUUGGGUUGGCUGCAGCUGCGCUUGAGCGAGCGUUCACUUUGUGGAGGACGAGAGUAUUACUGAUGCAAGAGGGGAAGGUAGUAACGGUCAAGUUCAUUAACCCUCAAAGUGAAAAGGAAGACAAGAACAAAUAUGUGUUCUCGGAUGCAAGCUUUGGCAAGAAAAGCCGGCAAUACGUUAGCUCUGCUGUAAAUCUAUUGGAUCACAGAGUCGACAGGAUCAUCACUGAAGCAAAGAAGAUCUACAAAUCAAACAUGCAGGACAUCAUUGAAGUAUCAGACGAGGAGGAUUCUAAUGAUGAGCGUGCGAACCUUGUCAAUGCUGAUUCUGAGGAUGACUAUGAUUCUUAA